AAAUAUACCUAAACAAGAUUUUGGUGUAAAAUAUGGUAUAAAAGAUAACUAAACAAGAUUUUCUAGGAUCAUUUACUGAUUUAACAUAAACAAGACAACUUGUUAAAUUUUUAGCAGAUAUUGACGUUUCAAAAUAUAAUAACAAUGAAGAUUUUUAUCUUAUUUAUGAUGCUGCUAGGAUAUGCUAUAGCAGCCAGUGUUUUGGUACCCUUAACAUCUGUGGUACGUACUCCUGAAGAUGAUACCGCUGUUGUGGAAAGUUCUCGUGUAAGGGGCAAUUUUGCUUAUAGCACAGUUGAGGGUCAUGCUUAUAAAGCUAUAACGCCUAUAAUAGGCCGCAUUGUGGCACCAGACUACGUGCAACCAAUUAAUUAUGUAUAUGUACACAAUUCAUAAUAAAAAUAAAUAAAAUAUUUUUGCAACUUA